CUCCAGCUUGCUGCAGGACAACGUGGCCUUCGUGCUGUGUUUGGACACUUUGGGGAACGGAGACACGAUGCACCUCCACGUGUCCAAACCUCCCAAAGAGGGGUCUCCUCAGUUCACCCUGCUCAAGGAGCUGGAGCUGGUGUCAGAGAGCCAGUUCCCGGACGUGAAGUUCUCGAUGGUCCAUAAGAAGAUCAACCUGGCGGACGACAUGCUGGCCUGGGAGCACGAGCGCUUCGGGAUCCGCCGCCUGCCGGCCUUCACGCUGUCGCACCUGGCCUCCCACCGCCUGGCGCAGAGAGCCAGCAUCAUGGACGCCCGGUCAGUGUCCCCCUCCUCUCGCCACGGAGCGGGAGAGCCCCCUGCUGGGCCUCACGUAGAUGUUCAGAAGCUCAGCAGAAACACAAAGCUGGUAGCAGAGGCGCUCGCCAGAGUCAUAUACAACCUCACUGAAAAGGGCGCUCCUGGAGACCUGCAGAUCUUCACUGAACAGAUGGUGCAGGACGAGCAGCUCUCGGCAGUCGUUGAUUGGCUGACGGCUCA